UAUUUAAAGCCGCAGCGUCCCCCUUGUGAAUAUCUCACAUCCACCCACAAGGAUUUAGUUAUAAAUAUUUGCACAACAUGUCUGCUCCAAUCAACCUUUCUGGCAAAAAUGCCCUUAUUACUGGUUCCUCCAGAGGCUUGGGCCUCGACGCUGCCGAGGGUUUAGUCCGCGCUCAGAUCUCUAUCGUCUUUAUUACUUCCAGAAAGGACAAGGCGGUCCAGGAGGCCAAGAAGUACCUUGAAUCUAUCGCCGCCAAGUACAAUCCAACGUGCCAAAUCAUCGGGGUUGCUGCUGAUAUUGCCAACGACCAAGGCUUGGACGCUCUUUACAAGGUUGUCGUGUCUAAGGUCGACAAGCUCCACAUCUUGAUCGCCAACGCCGGCGCAUCCUGGGGUGAGGGGAUCGAGACCCACCCUGCCUCGGCCGUUCGCAAGAUCUUGGAUUUAAACGUUACCGCAGUCUUUACUUCCAUUCAAAAACACUUGUCCUUGUUGGAAAAGGACGGUACUCCUUCCAAUCCUGCCAGAAUCUUGAUCACCGGUUCUAUCGCUGGCAUCAGCGCUGAUAUGGGCAUGGGCGGUACCUACGGGUAUGUAGCUUCCAAGGCUGGUGUGAACCACUUGGGUAGAGCUCUUGCGUUGGAGUUGGGUCCACGCAAUAUCACCGUCAAUGUCCUUGCGCCUGGUUUCUUCCCUACCAAGAUGUCUAAUGGUUUGUUGGAGGUUAUUGGGGAUACUUACAAGGAGAACAACCCAAGGGGAAGAUUGGGUAACUCCCAGGACUUUAUGGGGAUCGUCCAGUUCUUGUGUGGCGGUGUUGGCAGUGACUACCUCAACGGUGUCGUGUUACCAAUCGACGGAGGGUCUCACUUGGCGGGCCGUCUCUCUAAAAUGUAAGCUUGUUUCAUUAAUAGGUUUAUUGCUUGAACCCUCAGGGGUAUUAGUAUAUCUGGAAAUAUAAGGGUGCCUGGUUUUUAUUCUUGCUUCAAACGGAUUGGGUAUGUAGCUACCGGUCUAAGAAACUAUUAGAUAUUGUCCCCCCCAUUCCUUCAAAGGUUCAAGCACCAGUGGCAUGUGAGCAAUGUUUUUACAUUGUAAAAGUCAAUACAACUGUGGUAUAUCUCUACCUCAAGGGUAGAAUAUCUACUUAUAGUAAUAAGUAAUGCUGGUUACCUCUAUAAUGUAU